AUGGCCAAGCCCUACGUGGAAGGCUCGCUCUUGCGGCGCUUGGCUGGUUCUAUUAUCAUCACUCUCAAUAUCGGCCUGAUUUCUGCCUGCUGCAAACAACUCCCCACGUUCAUGUAUUCUAUUGACGAAUGGCACAAUGUGGAAAAACUCAUCAUCCCAUCACGACUGCAAUCUCUCUGCCCUUACCCACACACGCCCAUUCUCAUGUCCCUCGUCACCAAACCUACACGGCGCGCCCUGGGUCGAACUGAUGUGGCUGAUCCGCAUGAUGACUCGGCUAUUGACGUUUCCGAAGGUCCGAUUACAACAAAGUCUCCGGCUACCGUCGCUGACGAGCCCGAUGAGCUCAUAACUGUGACGCCCUUGCCGACUCCCGCCGUUACGUCUGUCGUCAAGUCAAAGGGCAAACGGAAGCGAGCACUCCUUCCUGAUACUGACUACGACGCAACCGACGAGCUCGCCACCAUGGACGACACCAAGGGGCCGAAGCGCAACCCCAAGCGCAAAGCCACCGAGGCCAUCGUGACGCGGAACCGUUCGUCGGAGGAUACCCUCAAAGAGGCCCUAGCACCCGUCACCACGGAGGAUAUCCACCAGUGGACCGGCUGGUGCGAGCUCGAGUCUGAGCCGGCUUUUUUCAACGCCAUUUUGCGCGACUGCGGCGUCAAAGAUGUCAAGAUUCAGGAACUUUUCAGCCUCGACGAGGAUUCUCUGCAGCUCCUGCCCCAGCCCGUCUACGGCCUCAUUUUCCUCUACCAGUAUUUCGCCCAAGACUGCGAGGUCGACGACGAACAGGGCCAAGACGACGGUAUCUGGUUUGCCAAUCAAGUAGCAUUUCCCCCUCCCUCCUACCUUUAUGUUUUGAGCCCUCCUGACAGACAGCAGACAACAGACAAUGCCUGCGCGACAGUCGCCAUGAUGAACAUUGUCAUGAACAGCGACGUCGAGCUGGGGCCCGAGCUGCAGGCCUUCCGCGACGCGACGAAGGACAUGUGCUUCGCCCUGCGCGGCCACGCCCUCAGCCAGAACGCCCACAUCCGCACGAUCCACAACUCGCUCACGCGCAAAAUGGACCACCUCAACGCCGACCUCUGUCUCAGCAACGGCGCCGCGGCCUUUCAGAAAAACGCCAAGAAGCGCGCCAAGGCCGCCGCCGCCGCCGGCACCACGACGCCCAAGAAGAGAAAGAGCAGCGCCGCGGCGACGGCGACGCCCAGGCGCAAGAAGAAGACCAAAGUCGACUCAGACUCGGGCUUCCACUUCAUCGCCAUCGUCCCCCGCCACGGCGCCGUCUGGGAGCUCGACGGCCUCAAGAACGGGCCCGUCCGUCUGGGCCCCGUGGACGACGACGCCGACUGGGUCGCGGCCGCGACGCCGUUCAUCCAGGACCGCAUGCGCCAGCUCGGCGAGGACUCGGUCCACUUCAACAUGAUGGCGCUGUGCAAGAGUCCGCUGGCGGCGGCCGCCGCGCGCCUCGCGCAGAGCGUGCGCCAGAUGGAGAUGCUGCAGGCCCGCGGUCGGACGGCGGGCUGCGGCGCCUUUCGGGAGCUGGUGGCGGGGAACCCGCCGCCUCUGGCUGCUUCUGCUGCUGUUGCUGCCGAGGGUGACGAGAAGGAGGACGAGCAGCUGGGGAAGUACGGCCUGACGAGGGAGCACGUGGACAAGGCGCCGGUGGAUCCCCAGUUCGCGUUCAAGGUGAACCAUUCUUCCAUGGCGACCGAGGACCUGGUGAGGGUGUACGACGAGCUCGUGAUCGUGCAAAAGGUCGCCAUGGGUGAGUGCAGGGACGAACGGGGCGGGCUGCGCGUGGAUGAGGAGAGGCUCCAGGGCCGGAAGAGGGACCACAUGUCGGCCAUCCACAGGUGGCUCGAGGCCAUGGCUAAGCAUGAAGCGCUUGGCGAGAUGCUGAAUGUUUGA